UUUCCUAACCCUCGUGACAGGUCUGCCAGUUUACGUUUGCCCAAAAUGUCCAUUUCUGGAACCUAUGAUCUGAAAACCGUCCUGAGCAAAAUGGGUAUCACCAAGGUCUUCAGCAACGAGGCUGAGCUCUCGGGGAUCACAGAGAAAGAGCCCCUGAUGCUGUCCAAGGGGCUGCAUAAGGCUGUGCUGACUGUCGAUGAGAAAGGGACAGAAGCUGCUGGGACUACGGUUCUGGAAGCCAUCCCCAUGUCGAUGCCGCCAGUGGUCGACUUCAGCAGCCCCUUCCUCGUCAUCAUCUAUGAUAGAAACACCAAGAGCCCCCUCUUCGUGGGAAAGGUGGUGGACCCCACCCAGAAGUAACCACCUUUUGGGUUCAGCUCCCUCCCCAGAUGACAUUAAAGAGUGACCCGGCCCAGGC